GAAGGGAAAGGAAAGGGAAUGGAAAGGAAAGGGAAUCGAAGAGGGAAGCUAUUAGAGUGCAGAGCCAAGUUCAGUGGGGCCUGUCUUCUAGCUUCCCUCAGCUAGGCUGCCGUUGUCUUGCUGCUCUGCGUCGUUUGUCGUGGGGGAGAGAGAUGUUGGGGCGCCCUGCAUUGCGUUAGUUUGGGCCAUUGUCAGUAGUUCUAGGCUCGUAGUGCAGACUGAAACCAGGGGGAGAGGGAGGGAGCCAGACAGAGAGAGUUUCAGGCAGAGUCUGGAGCCCUGACAUUGCAGACAACGCAGGUGCCCGUUGCAGCUCAGACACAUCCCUCUGUGCAGAUCCUCUCCCCAUGGUUGGUUGGGAUCAGUAGCAGGGUUUGCGUUGCUGGAGCGCGCAGCUGGUUUGCGGGAGAGGAGAGCGAUACUCUAUGCUCAAUAGGCGGUUCAGAAGGUUGAUUCCCUGUUUGGACGUCCUUGGAUCCUCCCUUAGUAUCUCUACUUAAGAGUGCGCUUAGUUGAUGGAACCUGCACAAUUGGCCGUCUCGCUUUCUUCCCACGGGCAAGUAACUGGCACUGACCGAGCACUGACUAUCACUUGAUAAACUCCACUGAAGAUGGUGUUAGUGUGAAGUACCUUGAUCAUGAUUCACUACUAGCCAGCUCAGAGAGGUAUUUGCCCAGAUGAUACGAGUCAAGGAAUCAUAUUACUUGCGACAAGGAGUGAGGACGAGCUGAGAAUCAUCAAGUUGGUGUGAGUCUGCACUCUACUCCGUACCUUUGUGAGUUUACAGGAUUUGACGGAGGCCCUACUUCUUGGAGGAUCCCUUACUGCCAGAGAAUUUGAUUUAUGUACAUGGUGAAGAGCAGACCGAGGGUAUAUGUUAAAGUAGCAUUCGUUUCGCGGCGGUGCUCCGUGAGUGAGUCUUUGGUUCAGCUGAAGGUGCGAGGUAUUUCGACAAUGCACUCCGUAAAAGUGUAGUAGCAACUACGUUCCGAAGUGAUACUACAUUUGAACAAUGGGGGGAGUAGGGGAGGAUAAAUCUGACGAACGAGUGUCAGUGCAGCCAGAUUUAGUGAAUGAUGGGAAGAGGCCCGCUGAAAGUAGCCUUCCUUCCAGACAGAUAGAGCCCCUGCCCGUGGACCAUACACACAAUGCUAAGAACUUAGGUUCGUGGGCCCGCCGCACUGGCUAUAGGAGCUCUCGCCCAGGUGAUAAUCGGACCGACAUUGAGAUGAGCGAGGCUUUGGCUGGUUCCCGAGGUGCUCCUGUUGUUGCGGGAAAUCCUUCGAUCAAACGAACUCCAAGCCCUCCGCUGUCAGCUCCCAAAGUUUCCAACGUAUCUCAAUCUAGUGCCCCAUAUCAACCCAUUAAGGCUCCGACUAGUGUCGCUCUUCAACCCCCUCCGGGUAAGGCACCGCCUGGCUAUGCAGCCGUGUCCUCUGCUGCUAGGGACAUAGAGAGUGGCGUUUCCAUAUCUCCAGCAAAUGCAGCAAGUGGAGCCCACGAGCCUGAAAGAGCAAGAAAUGUGCAUCCUCAAAGUGCGGCUACUACUGUGCCAGGUGCAGCCGGAGCACCUGGGCCCUUUCUUCCUGGCAGAAGAGGACAUGAGUCGCUGAAUACAAGUGGGGUACAGAGCAGUGCAGGCACAAGUGGACCUCUCAAUAUAGAGCCGCUUCGAAUGGAACGGAACAUGUACAAGGACUCAGAUGUGGACAAUAUGUCGCAAUCGCAAGAUCCAGACGACUAUUUAGCAACGAAACAUUCUCACAUGAAGUAUGAAAUUCGUGAGCAUCCUGGACUAGUUCCCUUGAUCCUGUAUGGCGUACAGCACUAUCUAUCUAUUAUCGGUUCUCUCAUUUUGAUUCCUCUAGUCAUCGUGCCUGCUAUGGGUGGCUCCAGUAGAGAUACCGCAAAGGUUAUUUCAAGCAUGUUUAUGGUGUCCGGAAUAUCCACGCUGCUUCAUUGUCUCUUUGGAACACGGCUACCCCUGGUACAAGGAGCUUCAUUUGUUUAUCUCGGUCCAACUCUUGCUAUCGUGUUCUCGCCUCGGUUUACUAUCGGUUCACAAGAAGAUAGGUUUAAGAGUACAAUGAGGGAAUUGCAAGGAGCUAUCAUCAUAUCCUCUCUGUUUCAAACGUUGCUAGGGUUCAGUGGUUUCAUGACAUUGUUGCUCCGAGCAAUCAAUCCCGUGGUGGUGGCCCCGACUGUAACUGCAGUAGGGCUUGCAUUUUUUGCAUAUGGAUUUCCCGUUGUUGGUACUUGUGUCGAAAUUGGCAUUCCACAGUUUGUAGUUGUCCUCUUCUUAGCACUGUAUAUGAGGAAAAUAUCAGUUUUGGGACACCGUAUCUUCCAAGUUUAUGCGGUGCCUUUGGGACUGGCAGCAGUCUGGGCUUAUGCAUUUUUGCUUACAGAGUCGAAAGUUUACACCUACAAGGGCUGUGACUUUAGCCUCCGCAACAAUGCAACAGCUGACCUCACACCGUCGUGUCAAAAGCAUAUGAUCAAAAUGUCUAAUUGUCGUACAGAUGCCUCUGACGCUCUAAGUUCUACGUCUUGGUUUUGGGUUCCAUAUCCAUUUCAAUGGGGCGUUCCUACUUUUCACUGGCAAACUGGAAUUGUAAUGAUCGUGGCAUCUAUCAUUGCUACAGUCGAUUCGGUAGGUUCGUAUCAUGCAGCUUCCCUACUUGUGGCUUCUAGGGCACCUACUCCAGGUGUAGUUAGCCGGGGGAUCGGGAUGGAGGGAGUGACCAGUUUCUUGGCUGGACUUUGGGGUACCGGAGCGGGUGCCACCACCUUGACUGAGAAUGUCCAUACAAUUGCUGUCACCAAGAUGGGCAGUCGGAGAGCUGUGGAGUUUGGGGCAUGUGUGAUGAUUGGAAUCUCUCUCGUUGGAAAAAUCUCUGGAUUUAUCGCAUCUAUACCGCAAGCAGUUGCUGGUGGCCUGCUCGUUUUUAUGUGGACAUUACUGGCUGCCUUGGGCCUUUCGAAUUUGCGUUAUAGUGAAACGGGAAGCUCUAGGAAUGUUCUCAUCGUGGGCCUCUCCCUCUUCCUUUCGCUAUCUAUUCCUGCCUACUUCCAGCAGUACAGCGGUGUUCCAGUCGUGGCAGGGGUUCCUUCAUACUUCCAGCAAUAUGCCCACUCAGGUCAUGGCCCAUUUCACUUCGAUAAGAAGUAUGAGAAUGUGAACUUUGCAUUGAAUACCAUAUUUUCUAUGAAUAUGUCCAUUGCUUUUUUGGUUGCGUUCUUCCUCGACAACACAGUACCAGGCAGCCGACAAGAGAGAGGGACUUACAUUUGGAGCAAUGGAAGAACAGCUAGGAACGACCCAACUGUAGUGAAAGAGUACGGCUUGCCCUUUGGGUUGAGUAGAUAUUUCAUGUGGUGUAGAUGGAUGGGUCUCUGAUUCUUGUAACAAAAAAUAGACCUAGAAGAUUCCAUGCCUAGUUGUAAGAACUAUGGCUUGAGAUUCUUACUGUUCCAAAGAGUGGGCAUUUGUGAUGUGGGUCGUAGUUCGAGGAAACAUCUGUAGUUAGCCCAGAGUGUCAGCUUUUAUCCUUGUGCUCACAUUUCAAACCUCAAAAGUUGUGCUUGUGUUUUUGAAAGUGCAAUCAAUUUACCUGUAUAGGUCCUGAUUUUGUUUGUCA